AUGGGGAAAGCUAAGAACGAACUCGAAGAGUUCAUUGCGAAUAUCCCAGACUCAAAACUCACGGGCUUUCCAUCGAUUGAGACUACGGUCUACAAGACCCGCAAUUUCCGCUUAGACAUGCAAACGGUCACUACUAAAGAUCCGCGAUGCUACAACCUGCACGUGCAGAUCAACAGGGGGACCCUCAUCACUUCGUUGAAGAGAUUUUGCAGGGAAGUCGCUCUCCAUCGCCUUGGUGCCGGUCAAAGAAGAGGCUUGGACGCCUGCGGAAAACGAAUGUAUCUUAAAGGUCGUACGCCCCGUGACUCCACCGUGAUCAUGAAGGUCGCAUACCGAGAGGGUCACGAAUUGCAAGUACCUGAGAAUUACAUCAAAAGCGUGAAGACCGAACCUAAAUAA